AUGGCCGAGGAGGAUCAGACCCGGCCUCUUUUUCUCAACUUCGAUCUGGCGGUGAACCGCGCGCUCUUCACACACUCGGCGAAGGAAACGGACCAACUGGACAGCAAGCCCUCGGCGAUGCGCUUCACACAGGUCAAGGAUCGCAACCUCACCUUCGUUCUGACUGCGAUUGCUCUCAAGGCCCGCCAUGCUGCGUUGGCCUCGGCGCCUCGCGCAGGCUUCAACUUGCAUGAGCUCCUGAAGGAUCAGGGUCUCGCGUCAGCACUGCGCUUCGCGCGCAUGCGUCAGCGCAGGUUGCCUCCGCACCGCUCCAUCCUCAAGCUGCAGCAAGCGACCGCCAUGGCCGACACCGCAAGCACGUCGCACAGCGGCAGCGCCAGCCCGGCCGGCGCCUCGGCGUCGCACAGCCAGGCUGGCACGUCGGCUGCUGCGCGGGUGCACCUGCUCGUGGCCGUGCACGGCCUCUGGGGCAGUCCGACGCACCUGUCGAGCCUGCUCUCGGUGCUCAUGGCGCAGCACGGCGGUACCCUCUCGCCGCGCUCCGACAGAACAGACACGCCCGGCGAGCCACUGAAGGACGUGCGCACGAACGACAGCGGGCGCGCCUGGUUCGCAGGCGUGGUCCAAGAGCAGGAGGCGGCUGCCGCUGCGCAGCGCAAGCCCGAUGCGCUGGAGCUCGUCGUACUCAACACGUGCACCUCUGAGGGCGCCGGGACGUAUGACGGCAUCGACUGGAUCGGCGAGCGUGCAGUUGCCGAGGUCACCGCCGAGGUCAAACGUCUGCGAUCAGCAGGCAACACAAUCGUUCGCUUCAGCAUCCUUGGCUACUCCCUCGGCGGCCUGACAGCUCGCUUCGUCGUCGGCCAGCUGCAAGCUUCGGGCUUCUUUUCUGGAGAGGACGCUCCGAUCGCGACCAACUUCACGACAUUUGCAUCUCCGCAUCUUGGCAUGCCGCCUCCCGCCAGCUCGUUCGGUCGGAUCGUCAGCUUCAUAGGAGGCCGCAUCCUCAGCCGAACAGGCGCGCAGCUUUACAUGCGCGACAGUGGCUGGGAGCACGAGGAGCUGUCUGCCGGCGCCAAGGGCCGCGAGAAGCGAGGCCUGAUCGAGGCAAUGAGCCAACCGGGCAGCGCCUUCAUCACGGGCCUGCAGCGCUUCGAGAGGUGUGACCUCUACGCCAACGCCGUGCUCGACCUCACCGUCCCGGCGAGGACAGGUCUUGUGGAGCCGUGGGAUGCGCUUGAGGAGUGGGCUGGCGAUGCAAAUGUCACCCUGGACCCCGACUACCCAUCAAUCAUCACCGGCAUCGACGCGCCAGAGCACGCCAAGCCGAAGUCGCUGCGCUCGCGCCUGCCGCGUUUGCCUUGGUUCAUGUCGCCGUCACGCCUGCCUUUCUCCUACCCAGUGUCGCUCUUGCUAGUGGUGCUCUCGCCCGUCGUCUUUCCUCUCGUCUUCAUCCCGCUCGUGCUCGUGCGCUUCGCCAAGGAGAGCCGCGCAUCGAAAAGGCGCAUCGAAGCCAUGCACGUGGCCUGGCGCGAGGGCAAGGAGCCAGGCUCGGACCCGCACCGCACCCGCGCCGAGACGCUGCUGCGCACGGCAGUCGAGAGCGCGACCGAGGACCACGUCAAGGCGCCUGACAGCGCGCCGGCUCCCGCCCACGCAUCUGUCGGUACGCACGCCUCUGGCACUCCCGCAGCAGAGCACAUGAGCGUCCCGUUGCCCCCGGGCAAGCGCAAGGCGCCGCCGCUGUCGGAAGCACAGCUGCGCAUCUGCGAGCGCCUGAACAGCCGAGCAGUACUGCCGCGCCUUGUCAAGCACCGCGUGUACGCCGAGGACGUCAUCAACACGCACGCCAUCAUCAUCGUCCGCACGCCGUCGAUCGCCUUCCACCGCCUCGGCGUGUCGGUGCUGCGCCACUUUGCCGAGCAGACCUUCAAGCUCGACUAGACUUCGGAAGCGUCCAGCAGCGCUUCAGCGGCCACGUAAUAGUAUAGCAUACCCGCGAGCGACUGGCCAGCUCACGGCCAGCUCUCGGCCACCUUGGACGUCGAGCUG